UAUAACCCCUCUUCUCCACCUCAGAAAAAACCCUAGGGUUUUCGAAUCGACAGAGCACAAGCCAUCUCAAGCUCAGAGCUCAGAUCCCUACUCCUCUUCCUUCGAAAAUGGCGACUCAGAUGAGCAAGAAGCGAAAGUUCGUAGCUGACGGAGUUUUCUACGCCGAGCUGAACGAGGUCCUGACUCGUGAGCUCGCUGAGGACGGUUAUUCCGGCGUCGAGGUUAGGGUUACGCCGAUGCGAACCGAGAUCAUCAUCAGAGCCACACGAACACAGAACGUUCUCGGUGAGAAGGGAAGGAGGAUCAGAGAGCUGACCUCGGUGGUGCAGAAAAGGUUCAAGUUUCCAGAGAACAGCGUGGAGCUUUACGCUGAGAAGGUCAACAACAGAGGUCUUUGCGCUAUUGCUCAAGCCGAGUCUCUCCGAUACAAGCUUCUCGGAGGUCUGGCUGUUAGGAGGGCUUGCUAUGGUGUACUGAGAUUUGUCAUGGAAAGUGGGGCAAAGGGAUGUGAGGUGAUUGUUAGUGGAAAGCUUAGGGCACAACGUGCAAAGGCCAUGAAGUUCAAGGAUGGAUAUAUGAUUUCUUCUGGUCAGCCAGUCAAUGAAUAUAUUGACUCUGCUGUUAGACAUGUUCUUCUGAGACAGGGUGUUCUAGGUAUCAAGGUCAAGAUAAUGCUUGAUUGGGAUCCACAUGGCAAGAUGGGCCCCAAAACUCCCUUACCUGAUCUGGUCACAAUCCACACUCCAAAGGAGGAGGAUCAUUACCGGUCGCCUGCAGUGGCGACUGAUAUUGAGGUCCUUCCUGUGGCUUAAAGCUUCAUGGUUAUUACUCUAAUGAACUAGUAAUCCGCGCUGUACUUUUGAGUAUCUGAGUUUUGUAGUUGUUGCUUAUUAUUGCCAAUAUUGGGUACAAGGACUUUUAAUGCGUUCUACUUUAAUUUUUUGGAAGAUUUCGAAUUUUGAAUUAUAGUUAAUCAUUAAUUUCGUUUCUUAUUUAUCAAACAAUUCCUGUUUUGAUUCU